GGCGGCGCGCGGGCCGCAGCGGCAGCUCCUCGCCAGCCGCACUUUGCAGCGUGCGCCCCAGUGCAACCCUGGCUUUCUUCCCGCUGGACACCGGUGCCCCCUUCGUGGUCCGCAACCAGAAGCCCAGCGCAGCCCCCGGAGCACCCCCUGCACCGCCUCCACUCCCCGGACCGCGACCCAGGCCACCCCGAGAUGAUCGCGACCGGAGCCCUCCUGCGCGUCCUCUUGCUCCUGCUGGCUUUCGGCCAUAGCACCUAUGGGGCUGAAUGUGACCCACCCUGCGACCCCCAGUACGGAUUCUGCGAGGCUGACAAUGUGUGCAGAUGCCAUGUUGGCUGGGAGGGCCCCCAGUGUGACAAGUGCGUCACCUCUCCUGGCUGUGUUAAUGGCGUCUGCAAGGAACCAUGGCAGUGCAUCUGCAAGGACGGCUGGGACGGGAGGUUCUGCGAAAUAGACAUUCGGGCUUGCACCUCAGCACCCUGCGCCAACAACGGAACUUGCGUGGACCUCGACAAAGGCCAGUACGAAUGCUCCUGCACCCCCGGGUUUGCUGGAAAGGACUGCCAGCACAAGGCUGGGCCCUGCGUGAUCAAUGGUUCUCCCUGCCAGCACGGAGGUGCCUGCGUGGAUGAUGAGGGCCAGGCCUCGUAUGCUUCCUGCCUGUGCCCCCCUGGCUUCUCAGGCAACUUCUGUGAGAUCGUAGCCAACAGCUGCACCCCUAACCCUUGCGAGAACGAUGGCGUCUGCACCGACAUCGGGGGUGACUUCCGUUGCCGCUGCCCAGCUGGAUUCGUCGACAAGACCUGCAGCCGCCCGGUGAGCAACUGCGCCAGUGGUCCGUGCCUGAACGGGGGUACCUGCCUCCAGCACACCCAGGUGAGCUUCGAGUGUCUGUGCAAGCCCCCGUUCAUGGGUCCCACAUGCGCGAAGAAGCGGGUGGCUACUACCCCCGUGCAGGUGACCCACCUGCCCAGCAACUACGGGCUCACCUACCGCGUGACCCCCGGGGUGCACGAGCUGCCUAUCCAGCAGCCCGAGCAGCACAUCCUGAAGGUAUCCAUGAAAGAGCUCAACAAGAGUGCCCCUCUCCUCACCGAGGGACAGGCCAUCUGCUUCACCAUCCUGGGUGUGCUCACCAGCCUGGUGGUGCUGGGCACCGUGACCAUCGUCUUUAUCAACAAGUGCGAGACCUGGGUGACCAACCUGCGCUACAAUCACAUGCUACGUAAGAAGAAGAACCUGCUGCUGCAGUACAACAGCGGCGAGGAGCUGGCGGUCAACAUCAUCUUCCCCGAGAAGAUCGACAUGACCACCUUCAACAAGGAGGCUGGUGAUGAGGAGAUCUAAGCAGCGCUCCCCACCCCAUCCCAUCCCACCCCACCCCACCCCACCCCCAGGCCCUCCUCUAUUAUCGGGGUUCAUUAGAGCUCGCUAUACGCGGUCUGCGCUGCUUCUCUUUGUGGUGGAGUUUGCGCUUUUGUGUGGAAUCUAGUGAACGCUCUGCUUACAUAUAUUGUCUUGUGUUGCUGUGUGACCUGCUGCCACGCUCUCUAAGAACCCCCUUGCUCCCUAUUAAUGCAUGAUAAUGAAUAAUAAUAAUAAGAAUUUCAUCUCUAAAUGAGUUAAAGAUAAGUAUGUUAUUCUAAACUCUUUCAAAUAUCAAAUAUAAAAUAUCAAAAAGACAAAAAAAAAACAUGGUAACAGAACCAGGACCGGGUGCUGAGGUCUCUCUCCCGGGGGAUGUCAGCCACCAGGUCCUCGUGAAACCAUAAGAAUCCUGUGCUUGACCACACACUGUGAAAAGGGCUAAACUCUUUCGUUCGUUAAUUCUCACACACACUCACAUCAAGUCUCACACCGCAACCCUUAGAUCUUUCCGAUUGAUUGUGACUUUGCAGUGUGUAGUGGCUGUGUGCCAGGCAGAGAGAGACCCCAGGUUGGCAGAGAGGUCAGGACCUAGUCCCAACCCUGCUGCUCACUCGCCGUGUGACCCUUGGCGAGACCCCCACCUCCAACCCUGGGCCACUUCCCCACCCCUCCCCAUAAGGGAGGGGUGCAAACACUCAAACACCGAAGAAGUCCUCUCUAGCUCCCAAAUUCAGAAUUAGGAACGAGGGAUAUAUACCAAAACACUUCUUGACCCCAAAAGUAGGAUCUGAUGGAGACUUGGUCUCAUCCUGGGAUCCGAAAGGUUUUGGCCUAUCCUGACUGUACACUUGAUAUUGAAGUCGAUCCCAAUAGCGUUUCUCAAAAUGGCGGGCCUCCUGGCUCAUGUCCAGUUUGGGAAAAAUUGGCCCCGUUAGGUCGAGAUGUGCCAUUUGGUGUUACCUCUUGAGCAGCCCACUCCCCACCCCAGCCCAAGACUCCACCUCAUGGCCCACAGACCCCACCCCAUACCUGCCCAGCACCCUUUAGACUAGAGAUGUGCUUUCAGACUUAAGUGUACCUUAGACCACAAGUGCCCCCCCUGGCAAAAUCUGAGCGAGUGAGCAAUGCAGCCCCCGCCAAGGUUUUCACAGGCUUUAGUGCAAACUAUUGCUUGUGGGGUGUUUUCUUGUUCUGUGGCAAAAGUGGGAAAGCAGUUCUCCACAGCCAUGGAUGUACCUUUGUGUAGCUGAGGUUAGGACCCUCAGGAGAUCCCAAAAACACCUAGCCAGCUUCUUAAGUAGAAUUUUGACUUAUUUUUUAAAAAGAGCAUAUAUCUUUUUUUGCAAAACAAAAACCAAAAAAAAAAAAAAAUAGAAAGAAAUGGGAGAGAGUCCUGUGUAGCUUCCCAGCCCCUGUUUGGGGUCCGGCUGCUCCACAGUCCUUGAGUCCCCGCUAGAAAUAUUUUGCUUCUUGGAUUAUUUGGGUAGGGUAGGAACCUAUGGCCUGAGCUUUAAGUGUGAGCCGUGUUUACCUUGCUCUGAGUAUUCGCUUGCAUUGUCCCCCGUUGUUGCUCAAGUCACGAUCACAGCACACACCUCAUGGUCAUCAACCAUUGGUCAUACGCGUCUCCGUUGUCACACAUCAUCGACCCAGUCACCCCUCCGACCUCUACCCCAGGUUCAUUUCACUCAAAGCCCUGACUCAAAAGAAUCUCUCCCCAACCAUUCAUUGGUCAUUCAUUACCUUCAGUCCAAGCCCGGUCCAGUCCCACCCUGAAAUCCCUCCCCAUUUGCUCCCCACCCUUAUCCUCAUGAGGGUGUAUCCCAGCUCCCCAAAUUCCCACCACCUCCCAAUCCCUGCUCCUAGUGCCUGCUCUCCCUCGAGGCCCCUCCCUCCCUCCCUCCAGGCCCCUCUCCUGCCUCCAAUCAGCCCCGCCCUGAGGCAAGCCAAUCACGAGUCACAAUCUCUAGUCACAAUCACGAGUCAUCUCAUUUCAUUUUGAGUUCGUUAUAAGAAAUAAAAUCUAAAAAAAAAAAAAAAAAUAA